ACGUGGUGAGGUUUGGAACCACUAAUCCGCUUGUACACUUGUCACCAUGGUUGAGACCCGUAGUGGGAUAGACACUAGCCCUACACCAAGGAGCAGCAAGAAAAGAUGGUCGCCUUAGUGAAAGAGAACAGGGAGAGGAAAGAGCGCGAGAAGCAGGCGAAGUUAAAGGCUAUCGGAGAGGAGCAGGCGGCCAAUAUGAAGGAAUUGGAGGAGGAGAUGGAGAAAAAGAAGAAGGCUGUUGAAGAAGAAGCGGCAGCAGAAGAAGAAAAAAAAAGAAUGCGUAUUGAGAGUAGAGAGGGAAGUAGUGGCACGAAGAGGGACACAGACGCAGAGAUGGAGAGGAAAAUAAGUGAGUGGGUUGCUAAUUUAUCGUUGGGAGAAGAUGAGGAGGCAGAGUCCUAUGUGACUCAGGAUGAGAGGGAAGCACUGGCCAAUGAGCUAGCAGAAAUGAUAGAUCCGAUGAAACGGCGAGAAAGGGAGGAGGAGCAGAAGUUAGCAUGGAAGUUGAGGAUGAAGAGGGAUAAGAAGAGGAGGAGAGAGGAAGUGAAUAAACUGAUCGCAGAGGUGGCAAAGGUGCAGGAGUGUAGGAAGGAAGUGUUGGCCCAUUCAGAUGAUAAGGCCAAGUGGGAUAAGGUGUUGGGCUACCUGGAGGUGCUGAGCAAAGCUUGGAUGGAGGAGCGCCAGGCCAGUUGUAGCCAAGACGUAGCUUCGAGUGCCAUGCGGUCGGGAUUUAGAGAUUUUGCGCGCGAGAUGGUUACCCACAUUGGGGGCGAAGUAAAGCAACUGAGAGACAAUGUGGGGAAGUUUUGUGAGGGCGCUAUCGAGGGCGCCAAAGCAAUAGCCUCUGACUAUGUAGAGGGAGUCCAGGCAUACUUUCGCCUAGAGAAAGAUGGGAAGGUGGAGAAAGUUCUCCAUUUCCUGGUUCUCCUCGUACAGGAUGACCUUCCGUUUGACGUAGUAUUAGGAGUGGAUUGGGGAGAGGCAGCAGGGGCCACACUCCACUUGAGAGAGCAUGAGUGUAGGCUCCCUAGUCCAUUAGGCGAGGUUAAGACUGCCCGCCUGUUCCAUGUGUCAGGUGUGGACAACACCUUGGCACAUUGCUGUCUCAGUGCUCCCGCGUUCGCGCGAUUAGUCAAAAAGGAGCAGUUAGAGGAUCAGGUCUUUGUAGUUUAUGUCAGACCUGUCAUUGAGGCCAAGGAAAAGGAUAGUUCCAGAGAUCCAUCGAUUGCCAAACUGCUGGAAGAGUUCAAAGACUUGACUGAGUCGCCGACAGGAGUAGUGUCGCGACCCAUCCAACACAGGAUAGAGAUAGAUCCUGGCAGUAGAACUCCUAAGGGCGCAGUUUACAGGAUGUCCCCUAAAGAGUUAGAGGAGCUUCGCAAGCAGUUAGACGAGCACCUCGAGAAAGGUUGGAUCAGGCCCAAUUCGUCUCCUUUUGGAGCACCAGUCUUGUUCGUCCCCAAGAAGGAAGGAGAGCUGAGAAUGUGUAUACACAAUAGGGGUUUGAAUGCGAUUACCGUGAAGAAUGCUGAGCCGCGGCUCAACAUUCUUCACGGUAUCCGUCCGUUGGCGGACAAGAUUCAAGCCAUCCAGGAGUGGCCCGAGCCGAAGAAUGUGACGGACGUCCGAUCCUUCCUCGGCUUGGCCGGUUAUUAUCAGCGCUUCAUCAAGGGUUACUCAAAGAUCGCGGCCAACCUAAGCAAGCUACAAAGUGAGGAGCGCCCUUUUGACUUCGACGACGAUGCGCGCCAUUCCUUUGAAACACUCAAAGCGACACUCUUAUCCGCCGAGGUGUUACAUAUUUACGACCCGCUUCUAGCUACGCGCGUCACAACCGAUGCGUCGGGUUAUGGCAUUGGGGCCGUCCUUGAGCAGCACGACGGCACGGACUGGCACCCGGUCGAGUACUUCAGCAAGAAAGUACCUCUCGUGCAUUCGAUCGACGACGCACGGAAGAAGGAGCUUCUUGCCUUCGUCCACGCCCUCAAGCGUUGGCGACAUUUCCUCCUUGGUCGGAAAGCAUUCCGAUGGGUAACGGAUAACAAUCCGUUGGUAUUCUACAAGUCGCAAGACACGAUUAAYAGUACCAUUGCCCGAUGGAUGGCUUUCAUCGACCAGUUUGACUUUUUCCCYRAUCACAUUCCCGGGAAGUCAAACCGUUUUGCGGACGCCCUCUCACGGCGACCGGAUCUUUGCACCGCAGUCUACUCUACCUUCGAGAUUGACGACGACUUGCGGAAGAGUUUCAUCCGCGUCUAUCAAGCCGACCCCCACUUUCGUGACAAGUACGCAAAUUGCUCCUCUCCGAAUCCGGUGCCUUCGCAUUAUCAGAUCUAAGAGGGCUACUUACUUGUGCAUUCAYGAGGUGAUUCUAUGACCUGGAGUCCAAGCGCACUGACAAUCCUCAUUCAAGUCAUGUCAGUCAUCGCAUGGCUGAUGCUUUGAGACAACACCCCUUCUGAUUUAUAUGCAAGCAGCUGCAGUUCGAGGUAGCAUAGAGUUUUCAUCUAUUGUCUUUGCGAGAAUGGGUCUGGGAAUGCAGACCAUCUGACAGCGAUUAUCAAGCCUGUGCCCAUUAUCAUGUUCCAUAUCUUGUGCUACUCUUAGCGGAUUGCAGUUACGCAUGUCUUCAUUUUUGUCACGGAAACAGCUCCAUCCUGUGGAAUUUUACUCUUGCAGCAAAGAGCAGGAUAUCAUUGGUUACAUAUCGGUCGUGUCAACAUUGGCUGGCUUCAAGACCUACUCCCCAAAUUGAGCAGGUCAGGAUGAUCUUCAUGAAUUGGAAGGUGUUGGUGCAUGUCCUUUGCAGAGCUGGUGAUAGUAAGUCAGGUCUUCCUUUUUGCGGGAAAAGAGUAGGGCUGUGUCAACAUAACUUUUGCGGGAAAGGUAAUAGGUUCAACACCCUCACCCGAAGAAAAUUUCUGAUGUUGCUUGGUACCUCCAUCUAUUCCCAAACUUGAUUUGCUUAAUACGGAGUUGUUGCUGUAUUUACACCUGUCAGCUUGCAGUAGUCAUAGCUAUAUAGUCAUAUCUUUUUUUUUUUUUUUUUUUUUUUUUUUUUUCAAACAGGGGCCCAGUGCCCAAGGCUCAAAUUGCAAAUUGAAAUACAACGCAAACACACGCCUCUUCCCAUUAGGGCUGGAAGGGCCUCGGCCACUGCUCCCGCAGAGACAGCUUCCCUAGUCAACGAGAAUAGAGCAUGGGCACUGAGCAUUGAUUGCUUCCCCUGAAGGGAAGGAUUAACCCAGUCCCAUAGACAAUCAAAUUCUGCCCUAAUA